CUUCUCUUCACGAAUGACUUGAGUAAUAGAGGGAGAACAAUCACUAUAGCUAUAUGUGGAGUGAACGAUCAUCGUUUCACACGGACUUUAGAUUUGUCAGAUUUUUAAUAAUUACGGAAACACCAAAACAUUCCAACGAAAUCGCUCCAUUGUCGAUUAACGUUGUAAACAUAGUGCGCGCGGAAUAAUUUCUUCUUUCUCGAGGAUGCGGUUUCAUUCGGAUCAUUGAUUGAUUGGUAAUUACUCGGAAUCCCCGGACUGAUCUAGUCUAUAUUUAAACCAAGUGGAGUGCAACUAUUUUGCCACUUUAGGCCAUUAAAGUUUGUUCAAUUAUUCAUGGAAAGGACAAUCCUAUGUUCAAUAAUAUUUGCCAAUAAUUUUAGUUGAUUAAUUAUUGAUUAAAAAAUGGAGAGGCCAAUCUACUAGAGGCACCCAGAAUUUAAAAUUCCCGUUCGAAGUAUUUUCCCUGCCGUUUCUAUGUCGAGAGAAAUUUUUGAUCAAUUGAACCAAAAUGAAAUGAAGUCAAUGUGCGUGCCGUUCACGUGACUUAGUCGUGAUCCAGUGGAAUUCUUUUUUUAUUAUUCAAGAAGGAGAUACUGCAAGGAAUGAGAUAAUGCGGUAGAGCAUAUUGACUCUACUUAUUCAAUUGUCGGGACUUUCAAUCCUGACGUUAUUGAGGUGGAACAAAUUUGCAUGCAUUAUUUUGAGUUACACUGCGCUUCAUUGAUCAAUGCAGCAAUUUAUGAAAUUACGACAAUUUUAAUUUUUCAAAAUAACAUUUGAUUUUUUGUAGUCUUGUUGAAGAAAACCUGCAAAACGGGUUUAGAAAAAAACAAAAACAAAGGUUGGGGAAAUAGGGUAAUAAUUGUAAUGAAAUAAAAAAAAUCAGCAGGAGCAGGGCCAAUGUCCUUGACGAGCAGUUCUUCAGCUCACUGUCUAAUCCUCUGUGCUCUGAUCCGGGCCAAGGACGUUGGUCCUGCUUUUACUGAUUUUUUUAUUUCAUACACAAUUUUUUUCAGUCCUUAAUUUAGAAAUAUUUGUACACAAAUUAUUCUGCUCUAUGGUUGAUAAUUUUCUAUUUUUAAAUUCUAUCAGCUUAAUAUCAAAUCGGCUUCAACCUUACGAUAAGAUCCAAAAAUAUUCUCAAUAUCUAAUUGACAAGAAAUGUAUAGGGGAAAAAAUGAAUAGUCCCGAGCGGGAUACGAACCUGGGACUUUGUGAUUAUUUACUGUGCAAGCACAAUGUUUUUCAUAUUUAUCUCAGUGUAUUGAAGUUGCUAGGUUUUAACUGAGUUGAACUGCAACGGCUUCACUUUUUGAGUGCAUACCUCAUUCGAGCCGUGGAAUAUCUCGUUCUACCACUUUUUGGCUUGAGAAUGAUGAAUGCUUCAGGGUGAGAGUUUUCGAGGGAUAUCUUUCAAUCUUCCACAGGCAGGCAGAACAUGUGGUAAAGUGGAACGCUUGCUGAGUUCCUCUUUUACAGUUGAUAUUCGUUUUGGAAAUAAAAUAAGCAAGUCGUCCAUUUUCUAGAAUUUCCUUUUCAAUGUUCAUCAAUUAUGUUCUCUUACAGUACAAAAUAAUCCUACACCAAGUUAAAACUAAAAAACUACCAUAAAAAAUUUCACAAUCCCAUUCUAAUUAAGCGUUCCAAAUGUCCCACAAAAAUGUUUUCCUAAAAAAAUGGUAACACUGUGAAAUAAUUCAGUCUAAUAAAUCUAAAAUGUAAACAAUUGAUAACAGAAGGAGAGAAUUGGGGUUGCCAAUAGAAUCUGCCAUUAGACUCGACCCCAUUUCCCAUCCCCACAAAUUGGCGAAAAACGUGUGUGUGUGGGAGGGCCAAAUAAUAAAAAUCAUUGACUCUGAAAUUAAUCAAAUGGCAACUAUUGUCAGACGAGUGCUGAAAACAUAACAUAAUAAAACUAAUGUGCGAACUUAACCCCGUUCCGGUGUCUGGUGGGGUCGUUUAUCAAAUAUUUUGUCUCACUUCACUCCACUUGCAAUAGCCUCUCCGUCCGAAGUCUAGUCCCUGCUUUCUUCCUUCAUGAGGCGCCGAGAUAACCAACUUCCCCGUUUUUCUCCACCUCUUCUUCCACCCACUUCAUAAACACCAACAGUUUUAUCCAUGUAUUUUCAUUGAAUAAUUAAACCGCUGAUGUUGAAAAUAAAUUUCUGUUCGACUAAAUCGGUGACGAAUGGAUGCGUGAGAACUUUGUUUCUCUCAUUAUUUUUAUAUUGAGAUCCGUACGAGGGUGAGACCCAAUGGUUUUAAUAAAUAAAAGUUGAUGGUUCAAAGUUCGCAAUCAAAGUGUCAUUAAUUUAAUGAUUGUAUUGUUUAACUGGGUGGUUAUUAUUGGAUACUACGGAAUUUAUUGAUUCUAUUUUGCAUAGAUUGAGUUUCUCUUCAACGAUUGUUUACUUGUACUGUUUAUCGCUCUUCAAGGGAAUUUGAUAAAAUUUUUCGUUUCAAAUGGUAAUAAUGAGUAUGAAAAUAUUUAUUCCCCCGCUGGAUAUGUGUUAUGCAUCAGUUUAUGUAAUUUUCAGGGAUUUACAUUAGAAACGAGUCUUGAUUCGGGUUAUUACAAGCUGUAGCUAAUUCAAUGAUCUUUUGCACUUCCUGCAACGACAAAAUUUGAUUAUUGGAAGAAGGCAGCACUCGGGAAAAUUAUUUAAUUGAAAAAAUCAAUAGCACUUUAUUGUAUUGUACAGCUAAUUCUGUUGGGAUAUUUUACCCAGUCAUUCAGUUCACAUUGUGUGAAAACUCAAAGAUAAGUUUUUAGUUAAAAUUAGAUUCCAUAAAAAUUUUGCAUUAACGAAAGAAUUAUUCUUGCCUCGACAUGCAAAACGUAUAAAAUUUCUGUCUGACUUUGCGUCUACGUUAUGACGAAAGAGACACUUUUAAACGAUAAAACGAAGGAUUCUCACUCACGUAUGCAAAAAAGUACCUGAAUUUUGCGGACAGUUAAUUACUGGACGCUCUACUUGUUAUCGUCAAUUCAAAGUUAUCGUAACUGACAAAAAUAAUUUACUCGUGAGGAGGAGUGAUGAGUGAGUCAUAGGGACAUUCCCCUGCUCGAUAUCCCCCGAGUUAAUGCGCGGAUAAUUUUUUUUUUGUUAAUACGUAAAUAACCGGGGUAGACAAUAAUUAAAUACCACGAUACCAGCAAAGUUGGUUGAACUAAAAUUGCAACUAAUCGCAUUCUAUCAGUCGUAUGAUGAUACAAUGUUGAUAUUUAAAAUAAUUAUAAAAAGGAAUGAUUGGAAUGUGUGGAGUUGCGAGAGUGAGAUGACCUGGGCGAUUCCUGCAAUUUAAUAAACACUGAUAGAGAAUAUCUUCUCAUCUCAGAUGAGUUGCAGACAUUCACGUUCUCGGUAAAUGGAGUUCACCGAAUGAAAGAGUGUAUUUCUCAUGAGGAAAACAAAUUCUACAUUACAGGAUAACACAGCUUUUUCUAGUGCUUUUAAAAUUUCCCCAGUAAAUAAGUUUUCUAGGAAAUUUAAAUGAAAUCAUUGAGGAGAAUUUUUAAAAGUUAGCGAAAUCCCUACAAGUACAGCUCACUUAAUGUUUAACUUUCAGACAUCUUUCUCAUGAAAAAUAAAUGAACAAGUCAUAAAUGAUUUAGUGAAUUUAGAGUAAUUUAGAGAAAAAAUUCCUCACUUAUUCGUUUUACUGUGUGAAUCGUCUCGCUGCUGAAUAAUUUGGCCACCGGUGUGACCAUCUGACACAUGACAUGGGACCUCAACCCUCCUGUCCUUGUCAAUGGGGUGGUUUUCACUCUGGAACAACUGUGUUGUCUUCCAUCACGAACACCCGCGUGUUCAGAAAGGUCUAAAGUCUUCCUCGUGAGAUGCGGGUGGCAUUUUACUUGCCCAACCCUGCUGAGAAUCAUUCUUUCCAUUUUAAGUCUCUCGUUAAACUCUAAGAUAGAAGAAACAUCUGCAGCUAAUCUCAUUUUUACUAAACGAUAAGAAUACUGUAAAUUUCAUGUAUCCACCAUUCCGUUUGUAUCACGAGUUUAUAACGCCGACCGGUAUGACUUCGUGAAUUAAAAUUGUAAGUACAGAUGAUUGAGAAAUUGCACUUAUACUGCAUAUAAUAUAGCUAUUUUGCUAGCUAAUUAACGAUACGAUUCCACUGGUUGUUUUGCCCACUAUUUCCUUCUAUAUCAAUCAUUAUUCUUAGCGUUAUCCCUUUUUUGUGUACAACCAAAUUUCUUUCUCACGAUUCUAUCUCUCACCUCCUAACCUUUUUAAGAAAUAACUAUAAACAGCUUUCAUUGAUAUAUAUCUAAAUAAAAUGAAAACAAAAAUUUUGAGCCGAUCAGAAGAACAGCCAAAUUUAUUUUCCAAGUUGGCAGUUGUGGAAUUCGAUCGAAGAAAUAAUUCAAUUUUGUGCAUACAUUAACAAGGACUCAACAAAAAAUUGCUGUUGUGAGCUUUUAGGAUCAUAAUGAGUUAACAUAACGCGAAAUAUCCAAAAAUUAUAUUACAUUGCUUAUGUUGAGAAGAGAAAAUUGGAAAAUUCAAUAAAAUCCAAUUGUUCUGUAUUAUGAAUUUAUAAACCAUUAUAAUGAACGUUCCACGUGGAGGCCAUGAGGACUACUUCUCUCCUAAACUGUCGCAGCAUCUUGUUCCCGCGCAUGUAAUAGAGCAAACGAUUGUAGAUCUGUUCUUUUCCAAUGCAAAAACAGUAGCCACCUCUAUCUCGCAACCACCUCCACUCUCAGCUUAUAUUGAAAGGCGCCAACAGCCUCGGGGCCGGCUCUUAGUAGAGCAGAAGGACCGUGUCAGGUCGGAUGUCUUGGAGUUCGCUAUUGUGAAAUAACUCGUUUGUUCCGGCCUACUGUCGGAUUCAAACAAUUUACGACUCCGGGCUCUCGAUAAUUUGCAAAUACUAGUUACCAAAAUUAUUAGCUUUUAUCGAAUUUAAAUUAUCAAAAAACUAUAGAAUUUUAACUAUAGAAAUUAAAUAACAGUGAGAAUGUCUGUCACUAUAUUUCGGUGGCUAUCAGUAUGUUUCGUCCUGCUGUAUGUCCUGAGUGUAUUCUCGUAUGUGAAAUCAGCACCAGUGAUGGAACAGAAAAGAUGUUCCAAGAGUCUGAGUGAUGCACUGAAACUUGUCUGCAAUGGGGUCUACAAUGAGCCAUUUUCAUACAGCGGUGAAGACAAUAUAAGGCCAGCAUCGGGACCUGGAAUUGUGGAAGAAUGUUGUUAUCGUGCUUGCAGCGUGGCACAGCUUGAAACAUACUGCAAGCCCACAUCAUGAAGCCUACACGUUCGAAAAAUGGAAUAUUUAUUUACGGGAGAAAAGUCUGACGAGUUUCAGGCAGCAUCAAAAGUGGUGGAUAGUGGAGAAACGGUCGGGAGAGUUCAAAGAGGAAAUACCACAAUACUCUGGAGACCGUUGAUCCUCGCUUUUUCCACUUGAUUAGCAGAAACAAGGGGUCGCUGUAUCUACUGACCUUGAAUAAUGAAAUAUCAAAAAAUUGUCUCUCUUCAGGAUGAUAGCUAGUAAUUAUGAGGAUGAUACCUGUGGUUAUGCUUGAACUUUUGAUAUCCGAGUUGAGUGAACUGGGGAGACUAGUGUACUUAUCUAUCAUGGAAUGACGGAAGAAUUUAUUGUGGUUCAAUUGUUCUUGAAGUACUGACAAUGCAAUUUUAUCAUCGUGUGCACAGUUGAUUAGGAUUUUUCUAUGCAUCGAGAGUUGAUGGGAAUUGAUUUGCUCAGAAUACUGAGAAGUAUUAGAUCAGAUAUUGUGGGCAAUCUACGGCUUAUGACCUGGCAUUGUGCAGAUCCAUUAAGGGGAUAAUGAGUCGAUGAAGACUGCUUAUUCUUUAGUCCCAAUUUCAUAGACUUGUGUUAUACAAUCAAUUUGUGAUCUCAUUACACGUACUUAGGAAAUUAUGUAAAUAUAAGUAGGUAGGAAUGAAUAAAAAUUAUACAUGUGAA